AAUAAUAACUCUCGCACGUGACCCGAAUUGCCACCCUAAAAUGCUGAAUUGACGUAAGAUUCCGAUCCUGCAACGAAACCCGACUUGAGUUGAUCGGAGGGGCAGUGACGAUACAUACAUAAGCUCUGAAUCUCUCACCGGAACCAAUCUUUGAUAAUAUUGUCUGACGAGAGAGAGAAAUGGCAGGAUUGCUAGCAUGGGCAGCAGAUGUAGUAGGAGGUGGUGGUCACAUCAACGACGAAGACGAAGCCAAUUCAAUCCCUAUAUUUUUCACUCCCGAUCAGCAGAUUUACGUCAGGGGCUUGGAUCAGAAAGCAGCUUCUCUCAGCCGUUCGAUCCAAGAUCUACGGCUCAGACUCCCUCCCUCUCACAUCUCUCAGCGCCUCCCUCACCUCCACGCCCACUCCCUCGCCUCAAACGCCGCUCUCGCCCUCCAAUUGAACUCUCACUCCGCCACCAGAGAACAGGCACAAUUGAGAGCAAUCACGCUGCAAGAAGAAAAUGCUGCGUACGAAAAGGCUAUAUCAAAUUGUGAGAAUAAAAUAGAGGAGAAGCUGCAGGAGGAAGAUCAACUUCGGAGCAAAUUAAAGGAAAUGGACUUGACUGAGAAAGAUCUAAAAGCUGAGUUGGAAAAUGCAAAAGCUGCAUUGGAUGAUUGUCAAGCUGGAAAAUCUGGAGAAUUUUUAUGUGAGUCCAAGAUGACAGUUGAAUCUCAAGAAGAUACAGAAGCUUCAAAAUCUGCUAUACUGGACAAGUUAGAGAACAAGAAAAAAGAACUGUGUUCAGCGGAGGAGAUUGUUCAAGACUUGGAGAAAAAGUGGGCACAGGUUCAGGAGAAUGCACUAAAGCAGCCUUCUCCAGUUCAGAGAGAGAAAAUAUUGGACAAACAACUCCACAGCCUAAUUGAACAACUAGCUGCAAAACAGGCCCAAGCAGAAGGUCUGGUCAGUGAAAUCCAUCUGAAGGAGAUGGAGCUGGAAAGAUUAAAUGGGCUGUGCAAGAGGGUCGAAACCAACAAUGCUGAGGGGAAUGCUGCUAGGAACCGGUUCGGAAGAAGCAACUCUGAGAGGGGUUCGUUUUCCUCAGAUUUCAUCGUUGACCCUCAUCACAAACUUCCUUAUCACAUGGGUGGUCGAACUGAGAGCCAGCAGAGGCUCAUGCUGCUCAGGUCGGCUUUUGUGCUCUACAUUUUAGCUCUGCACAUCUUAGUCUUCAUGAAGCUUUCAUUCUCAUAGAUCUUCCCGAAUAUACUUUUUUCUGUCAAAUUUUCUAAAAUUUUGUUGCUGUGCUCAGCCGGAUACCUAUUUUUGUUGUAUCUUACUCCAGGUUGUACAAAAACAUGUCGUGUAUAUUUAAUGAAAUUUUAAUUUUUGUAUGGCUUUUCAA